GAAGAAUUCAAAAUGUAUACUAUUAUUAGCCAAACAUUUGUUGGAAGAACAAAGGCCUCAUUAUUUGGUUCAAUUUUAAGUCGCAUUUGAAAUAAGGUUUAUAAUAUUUUAUGAAAAGCCUACAGAAAUUAGCUACAACCUUUGUAUAAAUAACCUAGAUUCAAAAUACUUCCAAAUGACAUGGCGAAUUGCGACUUAGCACGCACAAAUAAACUGUUAGCUUGCGCAAACAAGAAAAAACAUCUUCCACUAAUUUGCCUAUAAAUGCCUUAGGCUUCAGCUAAACAAGAGCACAUUAGGCCCAACACCUAAAGAAUCCAUUAGAGAUGCGUUCGCAGAUAACUAUCUUCCUAGCCAUUGCGGUUUUCGUUUCGACUGCCUGGGCAGUGUCUGGUCCUGCCGCAACUCCGCCCGCUGAUCCUGCUACUCCACCGGCCACUGAUCCUGCCACUCCUCCGGCUACUGAUCCUGCCACUCCUCCGGCCACUGAUCCUGCCACGCCCACUACUCCAACUACUCCCACUACUCCCUCGGCACCCGAUAGCAGCACCACCGCACCCACCACCGUGGCUCCUUCCACCAAGAAACCAAGUGAGAAGAAGAAGACCGUUGUCCACUACAAGAAGAAGACCCACAAGCCGAUCAGACGCCGCACGAUCCGCCGCUCACAUGAAGGCAAGAGGAAGAACCGAUCCCGCCGGGAUUAAGAAGGACACCUCAUUUUGAACACCGCAGACCCUGAAAAUCUACUAGAACGACCCACAAGAACAGUUUUAA